UUGGUCAAUAGAACUGAGUGCUCGAGGGCUGGCGCUGUGGACGAGGUGGGCGUUCUGCAGCAGGAGGGGUCUCUUCCUCUUGGGCAGCGGAGCGAGUUAUUUUGGCCAGCACUUUGAGAUGUGUAGCGAGACACAGCGAUACAUGCUUACAAUCAUUGGAGAUAAGUUUGGAAAACAAGUGCUGAAGUUUUGAAUGAGACGACUCUGGGGUUGUCCAAGUGAUACAUUUGGUUGGACAAAGGAAAGCGUAACGAGUUUCCCAAACUUUGGAGCGAGAGGAGCGUAAGUGGACGUUUAUCCGAAACCUGUUUUCUACCCCGAGGUUCAGACCCCGAGAGCGGCUGCAUGAAGAGGGGAGUCUGUUUUAAUUGGAUUUGAAUGUGGACUUUAAAUGAGGCACCAUAGCGGAGAGAAACAUUGAGAUUAUUUUUCUAACAGUUUUGCUUCCAAGUGCUUUUAUUGUUCAGAGAGACGCGGCGAGAGGGGUUCCUCUUUUCAAGGCACAGGCGACUUCACCUGUCAUGCGGAAUACAAAACUGGAGGAAUAUAAAAUUGUUUCUUGUUUAAGCCUGUGGUUACAGUUACUACAUUUAUUGACGCGUGUCCGGAAUGCAAGGAAAGGGUAAAUUAAUUGUCAACUCAAGUAAUUGCAAAGCUUGGUGAAUGAUUUACAAUUGAAUGCAACCUAUUUAGAGCCUCGGUCGGCUUGGUGUUCAUAAUCCAUCUUCCCGAAAUCCUCACAAGCUUUAUUGGAUAAAACAUUGGCACUUUAUUUCGGGGUUUUUCGGUCUUGGCUGCUGUAUUUACAAUCACCAUGGUUCAUUCGAAAGGUGCUCAUGCUGUUGGAAGAGAAUGAGCGUCCUGCAGUCUGGGAUGAAACUUGUCUGUGAUUUAUAGAACAGAGGACUGUGGACAUGCUGCUGGAGCAAUUACGCUCUCCUGGGAUUUCAUAUGUCGGAGAUACAGUCAUAAAUGAAAGAAAAGCCUGAGCUUAGCAAAUACUGAAGUCCACAACGCAAUUUCUAUCAUUUUUCUACCUAUAUUCUUUUUAUGGAAAUAUCCCACUUCCCCAUGGCGACCACAGUCAAACCCCCUCUGUGUGGUGUCGUCCGCUGGCUGCUCGCGCUGCUCCUCUCCCAGCUGCCCCUACUCGCGCACGCUGCCUCCAAGGACAUAGUGUGCGAGCCCAUCACGGUUCCCAUGUGUAAGGGCAUUGGGUACAACCUCACCUACAUGCCCAACCAGUUCAACCAUGACACCCAGGAGGAGGUGGGGCUGGAGGUCCAUCAGUUCUGGCCCUUAGUCCGCAUCCGCUGCUCCCCAGACCUGCUCUUCUUCCUGUGUUCCAUGUACACCCCUAUCUGUCUGCAGGACUACAAGAAGCCCCUGCCCCCCUGCCGCUCUGUGUGUGAGCGGGCCAAGCGAGGCUGCUCCCCUCUCAUGAUCCAGUAUGGUUUUGAGUGGCCAGAGAGGAUGAGCUGUGAGCAGCUGCCUCAGCUGGGAGACGAGACUCUGUGUAUGGACCAGAACAGUAGCGAGACCACCACCCUCGCCCCUUCCUUCCCCAAACCCACCCCCAAGGGCACCCGCCGCAGGCAGCCCGCCCCCAAGCCCCCCGCCCCCCAGGAGUGUGACCGGGACUGCCGCUGUCGGGACCCUCUGGUGCCCAUCAAGAAAGACGCCCAUCCCUUAUACAACCGGGUCCACACUGGCCCUGUGGAUAACUGUGCCCAGCCCUGCCACCACCCUUACUUCUCCCAGGACGAACGCACCUUCACCACCUUCUGGAUCGGCCUGUGGUCCAUCCUGUGCUUCGUCUCCACCCUGACCACCGUGGCCACCUUCCUCAUCGACAUGGAGCGCUUCCAGUACCCUGAGAGACCCAUCAUCUUCCUGGCUGCCUGCUACCUCUUUGUCUCCCUGGGCUACAUUAUACGACUAGUGGCAGGUCACGAGAGGGUGGCGUGCGCAGGGAGCGGAGACCAGCAGCACAUCCUGUAUGACACCACCGGCCCACCCCUGUGUACCCUGGUCUUCCUGCUCAUCUACUUCUUCAGCAUGGCCAGCUCCAUCUGGUGGGUGGUGCUCUCCCUCACCUGGUUCCUGGCCGCGGGCAUGAAGUGGGGCAACGAGGCGAUUGCUGGUUACUCCCAGUACUUCCACCUGGCUGCCUGGCUGAUCCCCAGCGUCAAGUCCAUUGCGGUCCUCGCUCUGAGCUCUGUGGACGGAGACCCGGUGGUGGGGAUCUGCUACGUGGGGAACCAGAGUCUGGAGAGCCUGCGGGGGUUUGUGUUAGCUCCCCUGGUGGUCUACCUCUUCACCGGCUCCCUGUUCCUCCUAGCGGGCUUUGUGUCUCUGUUCCGCAUCCGCAGCAUCAUCAAACAGGGAGGGACCAAGACAGACAAACUGGAGAAGCUGAUGAUCAGGAUUGGGUUGUUUACGGUGCUUUACACCGUUCCUGCUACUAUAGUAGUAGCCUGCCUGGUGUACGAACAGCACUACAGGCCGGCCUGGGACCGGGCUCUAUCCUGCUCCUGUCAGGCUGAGAGACAGAGGCUGGGCCUGGGGCCCGACUACGCUGUCUUCAUGUUGAAGUACUUCAUGUGUCUGGUGGUGGGCAUCACGUCAGGGGUGUGGAUCUGGUCUGGGAAGACCCUGGAGUCCUGGAGGAGGUUCACUGCUCGCUGCUGCCCCUGUUGGGUCUCCAAGCCCACCCUGCCCCCCUCCAUGUACAUUGAGGCCAGCACGGUCCUCACAGGACACCCCGGGGCAGCUCUGCCACCAGGGUCCUACCACAAACCUGCCCCGCCCUCACACGUGUGAAUGGGACCCUAGAGGGUAGAGGAGCCCCUAAUGGUGUCCAGUGAUAGCUCUGUCAUAUGUGAGAACGGGCCUCACCUUGACGUUGGACAAGAUGGUGAAUGUGAUAAAGCAGUUCUCUGGAAGCAAAAGUGUCAGAGGACAACCAGGAGAUGAACCAAGUCAUUCCACAGGUUGUAAAUACAACAUUUAUCAACAAACCUGCCUCACUGACUCUUUUCAUGGACAUAAAACACAUUUGUUUUUAACAGAAAAGAGGGAUAUUGUAGAAAUCACAAAGUGAAUUUCUUUGAAUGAAAUGGGACAUUUGUAUCAUAUGAGCUCUUUGGUACAACUGGUACUCAUCGCUGCCUUGGCAAAGUACCACUACUUCAACAGACCCACAGAGGUAUUCAACUUUUACGCUACAAGGCUUGAAGCCUGCUGGUUUUCUGUUCUACCUGAUAAUGAAUUGCACCCACCUGGUGUCCCAGGUCUCAAUCAGUCCCUGAUUAGAGGGGAACAACAAAAACAUGCAGUGACACUGGCUUCGCGGGCCAGAGUUGAGUUUGAGGGCUCUAGAACAUUCUCUGAGGGGGAAAAGGGAGUUGUGUUUUCGUCAGACUGUGGAUGGGACGUAUAACCUGGACCAUUAGCUGACUCACUAUUUAUUCCUGUAUAUAUGAUGCUCUAUAAAAGACUAUGGAUUUUGCUUACCCAGAAUGCCCCCCAUUAUUCAGUGUGGACACUGGGUCCUUAAUGGAUGAAAACAAAUCUAGGAACAGAAUGAAGAAAAUAUUUCAUGUGUUUCGUUGCAAUCCCAGUGAUUUGAAUAUCUAUUCAGUAUGAAUCUAGUAAAUGUGUGGUGUAUCUGUGGUAUGGAUGUGUUUGUAUGCUGCUCGAGUUCAAUUAAUCCAGUAUGUACCAAUACACACAAUCUUUGCCCUAUUCUGCCCGGUAAAAUCCAGUUUGGUUGACCGACUGGUCUGUGAACACCCUAGCCGGUCUUUAUAGUAGUAGGAUGAAGAUCUCUAGCCCAACUGUUGACCAGAUUCUGGACUGGACCUAUGGUGAAAUCGGCUUUCAGAGGUCAUCUGAAAAUGGAUGUGUAGCCUACUAGUAUAUCAAUAAACAAGGGCCUCUUUUUCUCAACCAGUAUUUUCUGUUAGAACUCGUGGUCAAAAGUAGGCUCUAGAAAACACUAAUAGCAGUUGUAGGGAGUUUAAUGCUUUGGAAUAGUUCUGAUAUGGACCAUGUUGUAAAGAAGUUUAGAGGGACUGUGUUUGUAGAUCAGUCUCACAGGCCAGAAGAGAAGGCAUGGCCAAAGUGCACCUGGCCUCCCUCGGAUUUCUGUGUGUUACACCCCCUACUGGUACAUACUGGAACUGUUCACACCAUCCCAAUGGUAAAUGUACAGGUUUCGGUAGAGAUACUCUUAAUGAUCGGCUACGAAAAGCCAACUGACAUUUACUCCUGAGGUGCUGACUUGUUGCACCC